AUGAUCGUCUUUCUCUGUAUAACCUUCAAUCUUAUUCUGGUUUCAGGUAAUGUUAUUUUAAACAAUAUUUUAUCUUCGUAUUAUUAAGACAUGGUUUGAGUAAAAUUAUAUAAAUUAAAUUUUUUUUUGGACUCUUUUUCAAGACAGUGUGUUGUUGCUGUUUCUGCAGGUUCCUCUGACAAAAAAGAAGUCAUCCAGACUCCAGAGGGAAUUUUCAGCAAACUGGGACAAUCAGCCGAAUUAACAUGCAGACAUGAAAUUCAAGACUAUUAUGUUAUUCUCUGGUACAAGCAGGUGGAGAGCAAAGAGAUGCAGUUCCUGGGAUAUAUGUAUUCUGAUGGAUAUCCUGAAGACAAGAAAAAAAUGGAAAUAACUGGAAGUGCUAAGAAAAGUCAGAAUUGCACAUUAACAAUCUUAAAAGUCGACCUGAACAGCAGUGCAGUGUACUUCUGUGCUGCAAGUACACAAUGCUUCAUAUCUUGA